AUGUCGCGUCUCCUCCUUCGCCGCCGCAGCCUCCUCCUCCCGGGGUUGCGGAGCGGCGCCAGCCACCCCUUCGCCGCCGCCGCCUCUUCCCGUUCUGCGUCCUCCCGGGCCGCCUCCUCCCGCUCCUCAUACACUUCCCGGUUCGCCCCUCCCGCCUACCACGUCUCCGCCACGGCCGCGGCCGCGGGCGCCCAAUCGGAGGGUGCGGCGGCGGCGGCGGCCGAGUCCACACCCGCAGCGGUUGACCAGCCCUCACCGACACCUCCCCCCGCGGCGCGCGGGCGGUGGGGCCUGCUCAAGUUCGGCGCCUUGGCGGCAGUCGCCGGGGCCAUCGGCGGCGUCGGAUACGCCAGCUACGCCUAUUCGCUGAAUGAAGUGGAGGAGAAGACGAGAGAGUUCAGAAAGAACCCAGCGCCGCUCAUCCCUGAGGAUGCCUCCACGUUCGAGAAGUAUAAGGCUAUGGUGUACUCGACGGCUAUGAAAGUUCCUGUUUCAGCUAUAGAGCUGUACUUGGAUAUUAGGAGCACAAUUGAAGACCAUGUCAGGGGAUUUACUGAACCCACAUCAGAUAAACUGCUACCAGAUCUACUUCCUAAAGAUCAGCACGUCUUCACCCUAGUUCUUGAUCUGAAUGAAACUCUUGUCUACUCUGAUUGGCAGCGUGAGAGAGGAUGGAGAACUUUUAAGAGGCCAGGAGUUGAUGCGUUUCUGGAACAUAUGUCAAAAUUAUAUGAAGUUGUUGUGUAUUCUGAUCAGACACCUAUGUAUGUUGAACCUGUGUUUGAGAGGCUGAACUCAAGGGGUACCAUUUCACACAGGUUAUCAAGACCUGCUACUAAGUACGUGGAUGGAAAACAUUAUCGGGAUUUGUCAAAGUUGAACAGAAACCCUGCUCAAGUUAUCUAUCUCAGCGCCCAUGCUCUUGAAUCUUGCUUGCAGCAUGCAAAUUGUGUUCAAAUCAAACCUUUUAAACUUGAAGAUAAAUAUGAUACCCAACUGCUGGAUCUCAUUCCAUUUCUCGAGUAUAUUGCCAUGGCUAGACCUUCUGACAUUAGGACAGUGCUGGCAUCCUAUCAAGGUCAUGAUGUUGCUGCUGAGUUUAUUGAGCGUUCAAAGGAACACCAGCGGUAA